CCGAAAGCCCUCCGUGUUCGUGCAAAAAACCCUGUGGGCACUCUCUCUGCGAAACCCUAACACUUUCAGUCCGAGAGAGAGAGAGAGAGAGUAUGAAGGAGGAGGACGCGGGCCCACCCAACAGAGAACUGUAUGCACUGCUCCACAUAUCACCGGAGGCCUCCGACGAAGAAAUCCGGAAGGCUUAUCGCCAAUGGGCCCAAAUAUAUCACCCGGACAAGCACCAAGCUCCCCAUAUGAAAGACAUUGCUACAGAGAACUUUCAACGGAUAUGUGAAGCAUAUGAAAUUUUAUCAGAUGUAAACAAAAGGCAAAUAUAUGACAUCUAUGGUAUGGAAGGGCUGAAUUCUGGUUUGGAGCUUGGUCCAAAGCUGAAUAAGGUAGAAGAACUAAAGGAAGAACUUGAAAGGUUACGGCGAAGGAAAGAAGAAGAAAAGAUUUUUGCACAUUUCCGACCGUCUGGUACAAUGCUAGCAAAUAUGUCUUUGCCGCACUUUCUAAAUGGUGGUGGCAUCAUCCAAGGAAUGGCUAUGACAAGUGAAGUUCAGUCUCAGAUAUCCAAACGCAAUGCUAUUGCAAUUGGUGGAAAUUUGGUAGUUAAUGGGAAUUCUGGAGGUGGAGCUGCUACUGCUGUGUUCAGGCAUCAAAUAUCUUCAUUUUCUACUAUGGAAUUUAUGGCUUCAGCUGGUUUACGGGCAUUAAUUGGGGUGGAAACAUCUCGUCAGCUAUCAUCACACUCAACUGCAACAAUGGGCGUUGCUAUGUCUUUGAAAGAUGGUUCAUUGAAUCUUUCCAACUCCUGGACCCGCCAACUGUCUGAAACUGCAUCUGGAAAUAUACAACUUGCUUUAGGUCCAGAGUCAUCUAUUGCAGUUGGAUGGAAAAUGAAGGAUGUGAAAAUGUCUGCAGCUGGAGAACUGAAGUUUGGCACCAGUUCAUUUGGGGCAUCAGCUCACUAUAAUCAUCAGUUUUCCUCAAAGUCUCAUGGCCGCAUUGGUGGGAAAGUGGGAAGCACCACUCUUGAGAUAGAAGUUGGCGGUGGAAGGAAAUUAUCUAAAUUCAGCACUGUCCGCAUGUUGUACACAAUAGGAAUACAGGGUAUAUUUUGGAGAUUUGAAUUGCAUCGUGGCGGCCAAAAGUUAAUUAUUCCU